UAUUUGUUACUAAUUUGACAGCGAGGGGAAAGAUAAAAGAAGUCUCUAAAAUCAACUUAAAAAAGCCCAACCGAUUCCAACACUAAAUGAGCUAAAAAAUAAAGAGAAAAUGGCAAAUGGAUUGGGCGUGAUCAAACUGCGGCAUAGUCUGCCGCAUUUAGCUGGAGUUGCAGUUCCUUUUGCUGCUCUGCCUCCGCCUCCGCUUUCAAGGAGAGUUGCUGCAUACAGAGCGCCUCGCAGGGCCGUUUUAGGCCUUGGAUUCUCGUUUUUGUCACAAUUCAUCAACAUGGCUGCUCCCACUCUUGGCGCCAAAUCCUUCAUCGCUUCUGCCAGGCAAACGGGUGCCGUUGAAAAGGUAUUGGAGAAUGUGGAAUGGCCAGAGCAAUUUCCCUUCAAGGAAGAGGACUUCCAGCGCUUUGAUGAGUCACCAGACACAUUGUUUUAUGAAUCUCCACGUUUUGUGACUCAUAUUGAUGAUCCAGCAAUUGCUGCCCUGACUAAAUAUUACUCAGAGGUCUUGCCCCCAAGCAAUACUCCUGGAGUUGCUAUACUUGACAUGUGUAGCAGCUGGGUCAGUCAUUAUCCUAAGGGAUAUAAGCAACCAAGGAUAGCUGGAAUGGGUUUAAAUGAAGAAGAGCUAAAGCGCAAUCCAGUUUUGACAGAGUAUGUCGUGCAAGACUUAAAUGUUGAUCCUAAACUCCCAUUUGAAGAUAACACCUUCGACGCAAUUACAAAUGUGGUUAGUGUGGACUACCUAUCAAAGCCUAUCGAAAUUUUCAAGGAGAUGGCACGGAUCCUCAAGCCAGGUGGACUUGCUGUAAUGAGCUUCUCCAAUCGCUGCUUCUGGACAAAGGCAAUCUCAAUUUGGACAUCAACAGGAGAUACAGAUCAUGUAAUGAUAGUUGGAGCCUAUUUCCAUUAUGCUGGAGGGUUUGAGCCUCCUAAGGCUGUAGAUAUAUCUCCAAACCCUGGUCGCACCGAUCCUAUGUAUGUUGUGUACUCAAGAAAAUUAGCAGCCUGAGGUCCGGAUCACAAUUCAGUCCUCACAAUUACUGACUACAUAAAACAGCACAUGGUGAUCAAGUUUGCAGUAAGAGAAUCCUGCUCAAGGAAAUCCAAAACGCACAGAAACAAAAAAGUUGGAAAUUUUAUUCUCAUCAAAACACCAACCUUUCCAGCUAGCCCAAGAAUAUAUACAAACAAACACUAACUAAAUUGGCAUUUGAAAAGUAGAAAGAAAGUGAUAAAAAGAAAUCAAGCCCAUCCCUGCUUGUAUCUGGCGAAGAGCUCUUCCGUUUGAGCAUUCUUGUAAGCGCUGCAAGCAAUGAGAUACACCCAGAUCAGCACCACCACUGUGACGAUGAGUAUGACGUUGGCCUUCCUCCACUCGUGCCGCAGGUUCCCCAGCAGCCCGGCCUUGCACGACUCGCAGUUGUAGCAGAGCUGGCUUGGGUCAUUGCUCCACAUGGCACAGUCCACGUCUGCUGCCAUGUUGGCUGCACCAUUCCACGUCGUGGGGCCCGCGUACUGGUACCCGCAUAUCAUCGGAGGCUUGCAGCAUCCAGACUGCACCAUUUUGGAAACAAGAAAAGGAAUGAAUGUUGUUGAUGUGAGUGGAAAAGAUCACUACCAUUCUCAUAGCAUAUUUGUGUCAUCACAACCACAAAGAUAUGAUCCCAUAAAUCAGAUAUUUGAUGCUGAUGAUUUUCAAGUACGACUUUUGUGGAUAAAUAAAUAAAUGAUGAUUAGUGGAAACAUGGGAAUCACAGCAUAAGGCUGGCUGGGAAAAUGCUCAAGGGACCUACCAUUAGGUAAGAGUAUUCUAGUCUAGAGAGAGACUGAUGAGGUGUGUGGAUUGAUGACAUUUAUUAAGCCAUAAUGAAGCCUAUAUGACAAAUUUCAAUUUAGCUUAAUUAGCACACGACACUAUAUCAAGGUCGACAAACUAAUUAUGUUUGUGGGUCCAUAAAAAUGUCAUUCUUGCCUCUUUUUGAUU